CUUUGUCGCGCCUGCGCCGGAACCACACGUUUAACGCCACGUCACAAAAGGUCAAGUCUCCGCUUACGCUGGAAGGUUUAGGGAGCAGCCCGUUCAAAGCCGGCGCGCGUGGCCUGACAACGCAUUGUCCGCGAGCCCUGGGGUCCAGGGACGGGGUCGUGUGACGGUGCCGCUGUGUCCGCGAGCCCCGGUGGGUGGGGUCAGAGUGUCCGCGACCUCCUGAAGCGGCUGCGCCGCCAGAAACUGACAACAUGGAGGGCCAGUACAACCUGAGGAAUCCGGCUGUUAAACGUUUAAUGAAAGAAGCACAAGAGCUGAAAGACCCAACAGAACAAUACCAUGCACAGCCUUUGGAGGAUAAUCUCUUUGAGUGGCAUUUUACCGUCCGGGGUCCUCCAGAUUCUGACUUUGAUGGUGGUGUUUACCAUGGCCGAAUUGUGCUUCCUCCAGAAUAUCCCAUGAAACCACCCAGCAUUAUUCUCUUGACACCUAAUGGAAGAUUCGAAGUAGGAAAGAAGAUAUGUUUAAGCAUCUCGGGACAUCAUCCUGAAACUUGGCAACCAUCCUGGAGCAUCCGGACAGCACUGCUGGCAAUUAUUGGGUUCAUGCCAACAAAGGGAGAAGGAGCUAUUGGUUCUCUGGAUUACACUCCUGAUGAAAGAAAAGCACUAGCCAAAAAGUCACAAGAUUAUAACUGUGAAAAUUGUGGUUCCCACAUGAGGACAGCCCUCCUUCCAUGCACGGAAAGUGGCAUUCCAAGUAUGGCUGACGUGGAGGCAAAAGAAUUGGCAAAACAAAUCAGUUUUAAGACAGAGACGGGUUCUGCUGCCAGCACUGCUGCUGAACCUUCUCCAGCACCGACACCUAUAAAAAUUGCAAACCAAGACACUCAAGAUUCUGAUCACCUUCUACUCACUGAAAACAAUCCAGAAAUUGAAGCUAUGAGAGAGGGAUGUAAGUAUAAUCCAGGAAACUGUAGGCCGAUGAGCUUGAUGUCUGUGGUGAGGAAGCUCUUGGAGAAGAGGCUGAAGGACAAGAUCUACGCGCUUUUGGAGGAAAAUGGACUGUUGUCAUUUGUUUAA